AUGGGGGCCCUUCUGGCCAAGAUGAAGGAGCUGUUCUCAAGCGAGAAGAAGCUCGAAAUGUGCCUUGUUGGACUGGAGAACAGCGGCAAGACGACGCUGCUCAACGUGUUGUCUGUGGGUCACCCUAUCGAGACAUUUCCCACUGUGGGGCUCAAUGUGAAGAUGGUGCGCAAGCAGGGCGUGCAGCUCAAGGUGUGGGAUCUCGGCGGCCAGGAGCGGUUCCGCAACGAGUGGGGCCGCUACACGCAGGGGUGCGACUGCAUCAUCUACUGCGUGGACUCCAGCGACCUGCAGCGCACCGAGCUUGCAAAGCGUGAACUACACAGGUUGCUCGAGGACAAGACCCUGCACGGCUUGCCGAUGCUGGUGUGCCUCAACAAGAUUGACCUGGAACCCCACAUGAGUAAGGAGGAGUGUGUUCAGUUUCUGAAUCUCCAGGCCAUCCACAACAAUCCAUGGUUGGUCAUCCCCAUAUCAGCACUUCGACAAAUUAACAUCAACGAGGUUGUAGACUGGCUGGUGAAAAAUUCUCAUAAUUGA